GCCGGCACCUCGCAGCUGCAGACACCAUGCAGGUGGCCCCCAUCCUCGUGGCGCUCGCCCUGGCGCUGGCCGUUCCCAGCUCCUCGGCUGAGCGGAAGUGUAUCCUGACUGGAAGCUGGAUCAAUGACCUGGGCUCCAAUAUGACCAUCAAUGCUGUGAACGGCAGAGGCGAGUUCAGCGGCACCUACCACACUGCCGUGACAGCCACCAACAACGAGAUCAAGCGUUCCCCGCUGCAGGGCUCCCAGCACCGCAGGAACCAGCGCAACAGGGCCACCUUCGGUUUCACCGUCAACUGGAGCUUCUCAGACUCCAUCACCGUCUUCACUGGCCAGUGCUUCGUGGACAAGGACGGCAAGGAGGUUCUGAAGACCAUGUGGCUCCUGCGGCAGGAUGUCGACAGCCUCGCCGAUGACUGGAAAGCCACCAGAGUCGGCAUCAAUGUCUUCACCCGCCUGCCACGGAGGGAGUGAUAGAGCCGGCGGCUGCGCUGUCUUCCCCCUUUUUCCCCCUCUGACCACCCGUACCGCCGUGGCUCCUGGUCGGGCUCGAGCA